GGGCCGCCUGCCGCCGGCCCCUCGGGCGCGGUCGCGGCUCCCGGGCGGAGGGCGCGCGCUGCAGACGGGCCGGGCCCAGCCGGGCGCGCGCUGCGGAGUGCACGGCGAUGGUGCAGGGGGUGGAGCUGGUCAUCAGCCGGGACGGCCCCGACGGCGAGAAGAGAUUCGUCCUGCGGCCUGGCGUCGACAUCCGCAUCGGGCGGCACGCCGAUAGCCAGAUCCAGGUCGACUUCGACGGUGUGUCCGGCAAGCACGCGGAGCUCUUCCUGGGCGUCGCGUCGCAGGGCGUGAUGCCGCUCCUCGUGCGGGACGUGUCCAAGAACGGCACGGCCGUGCGCCCAGGCCCCGACGCCGACGCGCAGGCGUGGGCGGACCCGAAGGCGCCGCCGCCGUGGCAGAGGCUCGAGAACGGCAUGCCGCGGCCGGUCGAGGCCGGGUGGCAGCUGAUGGUGCCGGCGAAGAGCCGGAAAGAGAGGGACAGCACCAACAAGCCCGCGCAGCUGACGCAGCAGCUGCGGACCCUGACCAUCGUCAGGAUCACGGCCUUCGAGAUCGAGGACCCCAAGCCAGCCACUGUGCAGCGGCUUACCAAGGCCCCGGCGACCGUGGAGGAGAGCGAGGAGGCGGAGCGGGAGGCGCUGGCCCGGCUCAUGGAGGACGCGCCGGCCGCCCCCGAGGCGCUGGCGGCAGGCGCCUCGCUGGCCGCCGACGACGUGGCGGCCAGGCGCAAGAAGCGGAAGGAC